CUCCUCCCUUAGCUCUUCCCUCCUUGCUCGAGUUUGGACCCGCAACCAAAGCGACGUCUUGCACAAAGCCCGGUCAGCGCAUUGUGCGCUCUUUUGUCUCCUCGGUGUCGAUGAAGCGGUUGCGAAGGAUACGCCAUGUCUCUCUUUGCUCUUGUUUCUUAGCGACCGCCAGAACGUCAGACGGCGCGGAUCAGUUUUCCAAGCUCAGGUGCAUUUGGCCUCAUGCUCCUUUUUUAUUUAUUUUUUUUUGUGAUUUAGCACAACAAUGUCAAAUCCGAAGUAACUCGGCUUUCUCCCUCCAGGCGCCUUCCCCUGCCCCAAAUAUGUCCGGACAGAUGAGCUCGUGCCCAAGCGGGGGUCCCGGCCGGCUCACCCCCGAGCGGAACGAGGCGCCGUCGACGGCGGGCACGCCGAGGUUCGGUGCCCUCAGCCACCACUCUUUCUUCUCCAGGCACAACCCGCACCCGCAUCGCGUCAGGCACAUUCAAGGUCUCAACGGCAGGCCCGUGUGCACGGUGAGAGAUGACUGGUUGGUCAGCUCCUCCUUGUUCCCGCACCCGCUACUCAAGAGUCACGUGCAGAGGCAAGCCGUCGUGCCGGCGUUGGCUUUGACGCCGCAUCGGACUCACCUGGCCAGCCAAGCAGCAAUGUUUUCAGAAGCCUGGAGAGAUGAGCUCAGGGAGCUGGCAGCCAAAGUCGGUCCAUCUUCCCAGGCGCAAGAAGGGGAAAUCGAGGCUCAACUGACAGAAGAGCCCGUCCGGCGCCAGACCCGAUACUCUGCCCAAACCGGGCGACUGGUCCCUGCAUCCGCCAAGUCUCACCCGCGUCGACCUCCUUCCCAGCAUCUGGACCACGGCAAACCUUUCCACGAUCAAGAACUCAUGGUACUGGAACUGCUUUGUCAGAUCCUUCAGACGGAUUCAUUGCGGGCGGUCCAGCAGUGGCUCUUGUUGGCCGGCCACAGAGAGAAGGAGCUGGUGACGGGGAUGCUCAAACGAGUGGACUUGUCGGGCCGCAGCACCUUCUGGCCUCCAGCCCCUUGUCUUUCCACCCCCAGGGGAGGACACCGCGGCGAGCCAGGUCGUACUGAGCCGACGGAACAUCCGGCGGUGGCGGCGGCGAGCCGGGUUGGGCCCCGGAAGCUCCUGGAGGCCUCAUCACCUUUCAAUAUCUUUCAAUAGUGGCAUGUCACAAGAGAGGUUGCCGCCGAGCACUUUACAAAGACAUUUCCAUUGUUUGUCAACAGCCUAGCCGUCGAAGAAAAUUGAGUCGUGGCGGCAGACUUGAGAGGAAAAAUGACAAUGAUUUAAAACAUGCCUGACUCGACAUGGUCAUGGUUUUAAACGCGCCUGCCACCAAGCAUGCGUACAAUGACUGCAAAGUCUUUUGGUUGCAAAUGUGCUUCCGUCUAACUGUGCGCUAUGUUCUUAGUCAUUUCAAAUGUUGUCCUCCCUGCUCUGCGAAUGUCUUCAUUAAUAUAUAUUUUUUUCAUGCAUUUAGAUGUUUCGCGAAGCACGUUGAGUAUAGUAAGGUAUUUGAAAAGAAAACAA